AUGUCAAUUGCAGCACUGUUCAUACUUGAUUCUAAAGGAAGAACAGUUAUCAGUAGAAAUUACAGAGGAGAUAUUCCUAUGAAUGCUGUUAAUCAAUUUGUAACUAAAAUAACAGAAGAAGAAGAGAUUAAUUUAUGUCCUGUAAUAUUAAUUCAAGAUAUCACAUACAUGUAUGUAAGACACAAUGGACUAUAUUUUAUGGCAUUUACUGAUCAAAACAUUAAUUCAUUGUUAGUCGUAUCAUUUUUGACGAAAUUAAUAGAAGUACUUAAGACAUAUUUUGAUGUUGUAACUGAAGAAACAAUACGAGAUAAUUUUGUUGUUAUUUAUGAACUGUUAGAUGAAAUGAUUGAUUAUGGAUAUCCACAAAUAACAGAAACUAAAGUUCUUCAAAAUUAUAUCACUCAAGAAAGUCAUCGUAUGAAUAUGAAACAAGUUCAAUCAUUACUUCCAGUUGUUACUGGUGCAGUUUCAUGGAGAACUCCAGGAAUUAAAUACAGAAAGAACGAAGUAUUUGUUGAUGUAAUUGAAAAAGUUAAUGUAUUAGUUUCACAGAAUGGAUCAUUGUUAAGAUCAGAAAUUCUAGGAACAAUUAAGAUUAAUUGUAAAUUAUCUGGAAUGCCAGAAUUAAGACUUGGAUUAAAUGAAAAAAUUAAUAUUGGAGAUAGAAUGGAAAAUAAUAGAAAUCAAGUACAAAAAAGAGCUGAAAUGGAUGAUGUUAGUUUCCAUCAAUGUGUUAGAUUAAGUAAAUUUGAUAGUAAUAGAAUUAUUGGAUUUGUUCCUCCUGAUGGAGAGUUUGAAUUAAUGAAUUAUCGAUUAACUUCAAAUAUUAGACAAUUAAUUUGGGUUGAAUCAGUAAUUGAUAGAAAGAAGAGAAAUAGAAUAGAAAUCUUAAUUAAAGCAAAAAGUUUCUUUAGAGAAGCUAUUAAUGCUAAUAAUGUUCAAAUUAGAGUUCCUGUUCCAUCUGAUGUCUUUAAUCCACAAUUUAGAUCAUCUAUUGGAACUUGUAGUUAUGAACCACAAAAUGAUUGUGCUUUAUGGUUUAUUAAGGUGUUUCCUGGUAAUCGUGAAUUCAUGAUGAGGGCGUCAUUUGAAUUACCAUCAAUAAGAGAUGAAGAAACUGAUAAAGAAAAGAAACCUGUUCGUGUUAAUUUUGAAAUACCAUAUUACACUGUAAGUGGGUUACAAGUAAGAUAUCUAAAAGUAGUUGAAAAAACUGGAUAUCAAUCUUAUCCUUGGGUUCGUUAUAUGACUUUUGCUGGUGAUUAUUGUUUUAGAACAUAA